CAGGAGCAACCCUACAGGCAGCUGUUGCUGUGAGAUAAACGUCCACACAGGAGGUGCUGAAAGAUAAAGCUGCCAAGGCAGGCAGGGGCCAAAUGAAGAGGGGAUGUGUGCCUCACGCAAAGGGGCCUGGGCUUCCACAUCAGUGUUUCAGAAACGGAGUUGCCAUCAUUCUGGAGCUCACUCCUGACUGUCAUGUCAGGUAUGGCUGCCCUCCUGUCAACUGCAUUACCAUCUGAUUCUACUUUCAUAAGCAAUGACAAAGGCUUAAAGGAUGGCCUCCUCAGAUCUGGAACUGUUAUGCUCUCAUGUUAAUGAAAAGAUUGGCAAUAUUAAGAAAACCUUGUCAUUAAGAAACUGUGGCCAGGAACCUACCUUGAAGACUAUGUUAAAUAAAAUAGGAGAUGAGAUCAUUAUAGUAAAUGAACUUCUAAAUCAAUUGGAAUUGGAAAUUCAGCAUCAAGAACAAACGAACAAUUCACUCAAGGAACUCUGUGAAUCCCUUGAAGAAGAUUACAAAGAUGUAGAACAUCUUAAAGAAAACAUUCCUUCCCAUUUGCCACAACUAAGAGUCACCCAGAGCUGUGUUAAGGGAUCAGAUCUUGAUCCUGAAGAACCAGACAAAGCUGUGGAACCUGAACCCAUAAAGAAGCCCCCCAAAGAACAAAGAAGUAUUAAGGAAAUGCCAUUUAUAACUUGUGACGAGUUCAAUGGUGUGCCUUCGUACAUGAAAUCCCGCUUAACCUAUGGUCAAAUUAAUGAUGUUAUUAAAGAAAUCAACAAGGCAGUAAUUAGUAAAUAUAAAAUCCUGUAUCAACCAAAAAAGUCUAUGAAUUCUGUGGCCAGAAAUCUCUAUCACAGAUUUAUUAAUGAAGAAACAAAGGAUACCAAAGGUCGUUAUUUUAUAGUGGAAGCUGACAUAAAGGAGUUCACGACUUUGAAAGUUGACAAAAAGUUUCAUGUGAUACUGAGUAUUUUACGACACUGCCGGAGACUAUCAGAGGUCCGAGGGGGAGGACUUACUCGUUAUGUUAUAACCUGAGUCCCUUGUAAACUUUUGAAUGGGCCAACAGUAGGGUAUAGAGGCCAUUUCUAUAUAUGAUUUCUUUAGCUUUUUUUUUUUUUUUUUUUUUUUUUUGAGACAGCGUCUUGCUUUGUCAUGCAGGCCAGAGUGCAGUGGCGCCAACAUGACUGACUGCAGCCUCAACCUCCCAGGCUUAAGUUAUCCUCCCACCUCAGCCUCCUGAAUAGCUGGGACUGCAAGUCUGUGACACCAUGCCUGACUAAGUUUUGUGCUUUUUGUAGAGAUGGGAUUUCACUAUGUUGUCUAGGCUGGUCUCAAACUCCUGAGCUCAAGCAAUCCACCCUCCUCAGCCUCCUAAAGUGCUAGGAUUACAGGUGUGAGCCACCACGCCUGGCCUAUUCUUGUUUCUUAUAAAAAUAAAUCUUUUCUGAACAAAGCUUAUAUGUCUUCAAGAUUCACUUCCUUUCACCAGACAUUUAACUACCUGCUGAAUAAGCCUCUGUAUUGGGCACAUAAUGGAACUAAAAAAUGAUCAUGUCUAGUUUUUGUGUUGAAUAGACAAUGCUGCAGACCCCAAUAAGAUUGGGUACAGAUCAGAUGCACCUGUAGACCUAGGUACUCGGGAGGCUGAGACAGGAGAAUUGCUUGAACCCAGGAGGUGGAUGUUGCAGUGAGCUGAGAUCGUGCCACUGUACUCCACUCCAGCCAGGGCAACAGAGUGAGACUCUAUCUCAAAAAGAAAAAAAAAGAUUGGGUACAGAUGUGAUAUUGGAAUAUUGGAAGAAAAAGAUCAAGAUGAGGUUAGGAUACCCAGGCCCUUUGGACUUAAAGAUCACUAUUGUCUAAAUUCUAUCGACGGCAUUUCAGUCUAUAGGAAAACUUCCUGGAAGCUGGAUUUUGGAGACAGCUUAUCAUCUGAUUAUUGUGCUUUCCUAUAGGUUCUUAGGGAGUAGCUUACCUGAAAUGCAUUUAGUGUAUACCAGUCUGUAAACUUCAACCUAUAAUGAAAGUGUAAUAAAUAUACAUUGAAUUGAUGUGAUAUUGUGAUAUAAUAAAAAAUAUAUAUUUGAUCUUCCUAUCCAGUUCCUUGUUCAGCUCUUCUAAAACCCUUGUAAUUUCCAAAGUGAUGGAGUGCAUCUUUUAUUCUAAUAUUUGGUCUUUGACCCCAGUUCCUGACACAACGCUCCUAAAUUCCUUUGAAUAUCCUAGUGAUAGGAGAAUUUUUUGUUCCAAUGAGGUAACUCUUGAUGGGCACCUGGAUAACUCAGAAUGGGGGCUGCUCAAAAAGACUGCAUCAUGAUUGAAAGUUUCAAAUUUUCAGUCUCCCACCUCCAGAGAGGGGAGAGGGGCUGGAGAUUGAAUAAUCCAUCAUGCCUACAUCAACAAGACAUAAAAAUCCCUUAACUGUGAAGUUCAGGGAGCUUCAGGGUUGGGAAACAUUUUGAUGUGCCAGGAAGGUGAUGCACUCCAGCUUUACAAAGACAGCAAGUCCUGUGCUCAGGACCCUUCUGGAUCUUGUCCCAGGUACCCCUUCAUCUGGCUGUUGUUCAUCUAUAUCCUUUGUAAUAGCCUUAAAAUAAACUGGUGAACACAAA